ACAAGUUGACCAAAAUACCCUCAGUUCACCAGUAUGUGUUGAUACCGUUGCCGUCAUCGAGGACAUAACAGUAAUUGCACAACUCUCCUCACCGUCUUCCUUAUUCGCCGCCCCGCCGUGAGUUCCAGUAUCAGCUUCCCUUUCUCCACGCAAGAAACGGACGUAUUUCAACAAUCAGAACCUUGGAGAGGAAGAUUUUGACACUGUGGGUUGUCAAUAUCCAUCUGUACAAUGAAGAAAGGCUUGCACCCUCAAAUGCAGUGGAUAUCAUAUGUCACUCAGAGUGGCAGAUUGAUGCACGUUAUGAUGACCAAGAUACACCAUGUUGGUAAAGUCUACCACUUGAGAGCAAGGCGCCAAAUGGCUGAAAGUGUUGGGCAGAUUGCGAGGUUCAAACGUCGUUACGAGAAAAUGAUUGCUGAAAAUGUUGAAAAUACUGAUAAGUGAGGUUCAAGGCAGCUCAAGGAUCAGCUGUUCACUUGGAUCAUUAUGGAUUCCUUUUGAGAGCAUGAUCUUGUGAGUGUUUAGAAUUUAAAGUUCACUUCUUUCAAUGGAGUCUAUCUCUUUACAUAGCCUAGCAUUUUACAGGACACUGAGUUAUUUCUUAUAAUUGUUUUGAUGUGCUUUUAUCAUUAGAAUGAUCUAAUCUGCAUUUUUAUUUUCUAUUCAAUAACUGUGAUCAUUUUCCCA